CUGUUUCCGUUCACACUCGUCUGUCUCCCUCUCUCUGCCCCCCCCCCCCCCCCCCACUCCCCUUCGUCAGGGCUCCCUCAGUUCUCACACGGCGGCUCGUGUCCCAUGGAAACGGCGAAUAAAACGGCGAUAAAAAGCGAUAAUCGGGACGAAGGCGUUUAUGAGCGACGGAAACAAUCCGGCAGUGAAACGUGCACAUUAACUCGGGCUGUACCUCGGGACAGGAGCCACCACAUCUCCUCAGGUGCAGUAUCAUGAGCCCCGUUACUGCAGUCACUACCUAGUCCCACUGACCCGAAGGUUUUGGCACCAUGUUCUACGGCUCCUCUUCAGCCAGCAUGUCACUGCCCUCAAAGAGCCGUCUGAAGCGCCAGAGCCGCACCAUCACGCAAGUCCUGUACCGGACUCUGAGCUACCGGGACCGUCGCUCGGUUACCGACCUGCCCGAGCAAGUGCGGGACGAUCCAGCCGAGCUAUCCACACAGACCUCGGCUCCAGGUGUGCUCAAGAUCUUUGGUGAUGAAAUCAGCGCCGGGGCUAACUACAAGAGCGUUUUGGCUACUCCACGUUCCAGCGCACAGGAGCUCAUUAAGGAGGCACUGGAUCGCUACUCACUGAACAAAGGGUCAGCCAGUAGCUAUGUUCUGUGUGAUGUCAUUGGGCGGUUCGAGGGUGCUGAGCGACGGUGGAGGACAGAGUGCUUGCGGGCACUGGGCAGCAACGAGAAGCCCCUUCUUCUGCAGGAGCUGUGGAAACCAAAGGAAGGAUUCGCAAGGCGCUUCGAGCUCAGACGGAGGGCCGAAGUGGAGGAGCUGGCAGCUAAAGAGAAAGACACGGUAACUGCAGGGCCUCACACACACUCCCCCGUGUUAACAUCCACCCUGAGUAGGGGGGCGCAUGGUAAAUGCCAGAGGAGUUCCCCCCGGGGCUGGCGUAUGGUACUGCCCAACACUCCAAAUCAUAAAGAUAUAAAUGCACAGGCACGCAAACUUCAGCGGCACCGUGCUAAAGGAACGAUGACCCUACAGCACGGCUCGUCCCUGUACCGCAGUCUCAGCGAGACCAGUCUCAACAUGGUGGGUGUGACGGGGGACGAACAGAAGCGCUACUCUACGCUGCCCGGGUCAGGCCGCGCGCGCUCAGACGGAUGCAAAGAAGGGGGCGGAGUCAAGCAUUCCCUCUACCAGUCACCGCAUUUGCUUCUGCUUCAAGGAUAUAACCGACAAGACUGCCUGGUUUACCUGUUGAACAAGGAGCAGCACACGGUGGGUCAGGAGACGGCGAGCACGCGGCCAAACAUCUGUUUGUCAUCUCCAGACAUCCUCCCACUCCACUGCCGCAUACGCCGCAGACGCUCAUCUUCCUCAUCUUCUUCGUCCUCUUCUUCUUCCUCCUCGUUCUCAGACCAUCGGCUCUUACUGGAACCGGUCGGCCACGGAACUGUGCUGGUCAACUUCACACAUAUCGAGCGUCCUACUCCGCUCCGUCAUGGCGACCUGCUGUCAUUUGGAGCCCAUUACAUCUUUCUGUAUAGAGACCCACUGAGCGCCAAGCCACUACCAGGCCACACCCUAAACCGCCUCCGCACCCUCGGGUCCAUAAACGGGGAUGCGUGUCCGACAUGCGGUGCUGCUCCGCGGGAGCAGGUGGGAUUUCACCAAAGCUCAAAGAAUGCAAAGGGGUCAAAGAAGAGGAAGUUGGUGCUGGAGUUUAAGCGAGCCCAAGAGGAUGCACUGGUGAACCGGGUGCUCACGCUGAUCGAGCCGAGCGGCGACGAUCACAAGCUCACUCCCGCAUAUCUGCUCUGCCUGUGCAUCCAACACUCAGCUCUUUCAUUUCCACCCGGUAGUUUUGGGAAACUGCUCCUCAAAAUUGCUAAGAAGAUCCAGAGCUUCGCACGGGAGAAGACAAAGGAAUUGGCACAGAAGCAAGCUCAGCAUCAGGAUCCAGCCUCCCUGUCACUGCUUAGCAUCUCUGACCUUGUGCCGGAUCUUCAGGUCAUUUUCUUUUGGAUGGCGAACGCUAUCGAGAUCUUGUACUUCAUUCAGCAGAAAUCACCUGUGUACAUGCAGAAUAUUGAAAUGAUGGACAGCAAAGCUGGAUCUAAAGAGUCGCUCCUUUCUGCGACAAUCUCAGCCAGCGAAGAGGUGAUGACUAUUCUGGAGGAAGUUAUCAUGUACACAUUCCAGCAGUGUGUUUACUACAUUACAAAGAGCUGUUUGGAUUUGUCAGUCAGUGUAUGUGUGUUGUGUUUUUGUACAAUUCUCCUCCAGUCAUUGUACGUGGUGUUGCCAGCCUUGCUGGACUGCAGCCCUUUCGGAGGCGAGUCAUCGUCGUCGUCGGAGGCGUGCCGGCGGGCGACGGGUGCGCGGACGUGCACGUGCAAUGUGUGUGUCAUGCCCGAGGCGGUUCGUCGGGCUCUGUGUGUUUUUCAGACCACAGCCGAUCUCAUGCAGCAAUAUCAGGUCCAUGCUGAGAUCCAGAGCCAGAUGUUCGCCUACCUGUUCUUCUUCACCAAUGCCUCUCUCUUCAAUCUACUCAUCGAUAAAGGUCCUGUGAGAGGCUGGUUCCAGCGUUCCCAAGCAUUACAGAUACAGGCAUGUUUGCGGAUGCUCCUAGACUGGGCUAAAGGAGCAGGACGAGCUCAGAUCGCUCAGAAGUUUUUCGCCAAACUAUGCAGCGUGGUUACCAUCCUCAUCACACCCGCCUCUCAACUUUCACAGAUGAGUUGGAAAGUGUUGCGUACGGAACAUCCGUCACUGAAACCCGUCCAGCUUCACAGAAUCCUUACACAGUACCAGCUGACUGGCGAGGUGGGUUCUGUCCCAAACUGGCAACCGAGCAGCGAAGAUGAAGCCUACGUUUACAGAACAGUGGAUCUGCUGGAGAGCUUCGAUAACCACCCUCCCAUCGUGUUACCCAGCGCUGGGUUUAAGGUGGACCUGGAGAGCGAGUGUGUAGACGACAGCAUCUACAGACAGCUAUUGUAUAUCCGCCACUUUCUGUGGGGUCUCCGCACUAAGACCCACGGCAGCGCAGACCGACAGGAAAUUCAGCGUGGAGAGGGAGAAGGAGAAGUGCACGUUACUUCCCUUGGAGGACGAGGAGAGGGCACAGGAUCUGAGGAAAGAACCAGAGAACGAGCACAUACUCCUCAUUACAGGAACGGACCCGGCACGCGACACGCUCCGGACCCGUCCUGCCUGUUUACUCCACCUAACACACCCCAGUACCCAGAAUUCACACACACUCCGUACACCAAACACUUGCAGCAGGAUCACAUCUCGGCCAACGGGUGUACACGCUCCACCCCUGAGCACAAGAUCAACGGAUACGUCAGUAAUGGUACUGAAGGCCCUCUUAAUGGGUGUGGCUUUCCUUUCCCCAUCCCUCUGGCCCAGACCCUGGGCAAUAACUCUGAUCCUGUGUGUUCCGUCUUUGUAGUGGACUUGGAUAAAGGACCCUAUGGUCUCGGAAUGGGGCUCAUCGACGGACUCCACACGCCUCUGAAUUCACCAGGGAUCUACAUCCGCACACUGAUCCCUGACGGACCGGCCGCUUCAGACGGGCGGCUGCACAUCGGAGACCGGAUCCUGGCUGUAAACGGGAAAAGCCUCAUCGGAGCCGAUUACCAGAGUGCCGUGGACCUGAUCAGACUGGGCGGAGGACGUCUUCGCUUUCUCGUGGCUAAGUCAGAUCCUGAAGUGUCUGAGAAGAUCAGUGCCUCUUCCUGCUGAUGGAGAAAUGAUGAGGUUGGAGGUUGGCGUGUGCACUUCAGCGUGGUGCCCCUGGUGGUGAGGAUGAAGAGAAUAAGUACACGAACAAGACCCUCAGCGACUCCUCUCCUUACCCCCACACUGCACUCAGGAGGGAGCCUUAGCGCAGCGACGGGAUUUACACACGACUAGCAUCUCCUCCUCUCCUCCUCUUCACCUGGGAACGUUACGCAAUCCAUCACCAAAACCAUUACAUUUAACAAAAGACACAAAAUAUCCUGUUUACAAACAUUUCUAUCGUAUCAAAUGAUCAAAUUGGACAAAUU